GGCGGGUCCUGUCCAAAAUCCACUACCGACAGGGCCUCUGCUGUUCUCGUCCCUGUCACAACACUUUCUUCACCAGAUGAGGAGCGCGUGCCUUCUUCGGGUACGAACUCAGGAUGCACUACACGUGAUGUGGGUAGAGUGGUUCCAGUUCGGUCAGCUUUUUCAAUUUUUGCGAAGAAUCGUGUUUCUGAUGCCGCCACUGCAGGAAGCGUCGGCACUCCGAUUGUCGGACAUCGCGGUGGACAAACGACUGAGCAGGAGAAACGGGAUUGCAUUAUCUUCCGUCCUCCUCCAGAAGGUGCAAUAAUGUCCAGCGGUGCUAAUACGGGAGACCUCUCUAACUGGCGAGUUGCAUGCAACGCGCGACUCAAGGAACAGACGCUCGCUGCCGGAGGGCUUUCUAGCCGUUACCCAGAUGUUGACCGUAGUGUGAAGCUGGAGCAAGCAGACCUUAACAAAGCUGGCCCCCCACGUCGUCGCUCGAAAGACAGAAAGAGAUCACUUGCCUCAACGCGUUCAUCCACAGCAGUCAAUGGCGAUGAACCCCACCCGCUUGUUUGUGCCGGCCUAUCUGCAGUCACUGGCAUGGCGAGUAGGGUAAGCCGCGACUUUUUGGGGUCUCGCGGUGCCGCUAGCGAUAAUGGAC